CCAACGCCUCCCUUGGACAUAAAAGUAGACCUAAUUGAGUCGACCUCGGCUCAAGUGACCUGGAAUCCGCCGAGCAAGAUAAAUGGUCUGUUGGAGUCGUUCACUGUCAACUUGGUGCCAAUGGAGGCCUCUUCGCAGGCUUCUCUCGACUCACUGCAAGCCAUUCCGCCAGUUUCUGUACCUCCGAACGAGACUUCCGUCAACCUGAAGGACCUUCAGCCUUGCGUGACGUAUGAACUGGAACUGAAAGCGUCCACGAUGGCCGAUGCCUCGGGAGUUGGUGGAGGAACCUCGAUGUCUUCCGCCAUACACGACAGGGCCAAUGAGGCCACAUUCCAGCCGAAAUUGCCCUCGUAA